AUGGAACCCUGGAUGACUGCAGCUGCACGCACUGAGCUUUGCAAGGCUGUGGCAAAGGAUCGAGGAUGGCUUAUUUCUGCCGCAGAGUUCCAGGGCUGGAAGGCAUGUGGGAAAGCUAUGGUGGAGAAGCACCACAGCCCGGACACCGAAGUCUUCGGUGUGCGUUCCGAAGCUAAGCAGGGCGGCGUCAGUAAGAAGGGUGAUGGGGAGACUGCUGACUUGAGCUCCACAAGUAUACGCGCAGAGCUGGCGAAGCAUGGGAAUACUGCAGCGACUAUAGAUGAUCUUGUCAGGCGAAGGCUUCUGGGCAAAGAAGUGGGGGAGUGUCUGAAGCAGUACUUCAAGACUUCAUCAGCGCCUAGUGCUGCGGGCGAGUCCAUCAGACAUGGGGAUGAUAGAACCCUUGACAAAGGCUACCCCUCCGAUGCCUAUGCAGAGGCACAGUACCGACAGAUUCGCGCCAUCUACGACGAGAGGAGGAUUAUCGUCUACCAAGCCUACAACGAUGCCAUUGCUGAUGCAGCUGUUAAGGGCAACUCCUUCAAGGCUCCCAUGGAAGCUGGUCUUUGGAAACCGACUCGCAUGACAUGGAUCAAACCUAGUGCAGUCUGGAUGGCUUACCGAUGUGGCUGGACGACCAUGAAGGACAAGAACCAGGCAAGAGUUCUGGCUUUGCAUCUUUCCCGUGAGGGUUUCGAAGACCUGCUCAUGGAUGCGCAUUUGUCCCAUUCCUCGGUUGAUCAAUCGAAGUGCCGUGACAGCUCUGUGGUUGUUCAGUGGGAUCCUGAACGCGAGAUGGAUACAGAGGGUUCCGGAAAGCAGGUGUACACGAGACCACUGAGAAACGUCCGCUCCAUUCAGAUUGGACUGCGAGGUACAGCCGUGCAAAAGCUUCUUGAUCCUACCCUGGUACUCGAGAUCACCGACGAGACCGCAAGGUUUAAGAAAGCAGCAGCAGCGCUCGAGGCAGGAAACGCCGAGGAGGCUUCGGCUGUCUUGUGGCCAAGUCAGCGGGAAAGUCUGCUCCCGGUGUCGCCGCAGUUGAUGUCAGUGCUCGGAAUGUUCGAGGAGCCGCCGGAAGACACCUGA